GGGGGAGGGAGGGGGGCCGGUCCGCGACGACUCCCCGGACGGCGUUUCUCCUCCGAGCAGCGCCGGUUUCGGCUUUGGGGGGGGCGGGGGUACAGCCCAUCCAUGACCAUGGGCGACAAGAAGAGCCCGACCAGGCCAAAAAGACAAGCAAAACCUGCCGCAGACGAAGGCUUUUGGGAUUGUAGCGUCUGCACCUUCAGAAACAGCGCGGAAGCCUUUAAAUGCAGCAUCUGCGAUGUGAGGAAAGGCACCUCCACCAGAAAACCUCGGAUCAAUUCUCAGCUGGUGGCCCAGCAAGUGGCCCAACAGUAUGCCACUCCACCACCCCCUAAAAAGGAGAAGAAGGAGAAGGUUGAAAAGCAAGACAAAGAGAAACCCGAGAAAGAUAAAGAAAUUAGUCCUAGUGUUACCAAGAAAAAUACCAACAAAAAAACAAAACCAAAGUCCGAUAUUCUGAAAGAUCCUCCUAGCGAAGCGAACAGUAUACAGUCUGCAAAUGCUACAACAAAGACCAGUGAAACGAAUCACACCUCAAGGCCCCGGCUGAAAAACGUGGACAGGAGCACCGCACAGCAGUUGGCAGUAACUGUGGGCAACGUCACCGUCAUUAUCACAGACUUUAAGGAAAAGACUCGCUCCUCCUCGACCUCCUCAUCCACAGUGACCUCCAGUGCAGGGUCAGAACAGCAGAACCAGAGCAGCUCGGGGUCGGAGAGCACAGACAAGGGUUCCUCCCGUUCCUCCACGCCAAAGGGCGACAUGUCAGCAGUAAAUGAUGAAUCUUUCUGAAAUUGCACAUGGAGUUGUGAAAACUAUGAAUCAGGGUAUGAAAUUCACAUCCUCCACCUGCCCAUGCCGCUUGCACCCCUGGAGAAUCUUCUGUGGACAUCGACCUCUUAGUGAUGCUGCCAGGAUAAUUUCUGCUUGCCAUGGGCAUCUGGCCCCCAAGGAAUUUCGCACCCUGACGAUUACUCUUGACACUUUUAUGUAUUCCAUUGUUUUAUAUGAUUUUCCUAACAAUCAUUUAUAAUUGGAUGUGCUCCUGAAUCUACUUUUUAUAUAAAAAAAAAUCUGCUGUGCACAAUUUUCCAUGUACAUUACA